AGUAUUCAGUGUGUGCAGUGAGUCGGGCGGAGUCGGCUUUACUGUCGGGAAACGAGCUCGAUCAUUAAGUUAAAGUAUUUAAAAACGCCAAUUUAAAGUGUUGUAAUUUAUCCUACAACUGGAUGUUACUUCCCCGAAAACGCGUCGUAUAAGGUGUGUUUUAUAGCGGGUGUGGUCGGGGAAUUUGCUGGAGAGCUGCGUAAACUGGAGUUUACGGGAAGCGAAGGAGAUUUUCUCGGCCCUGGCUUUCAUGAACGGGGCCCCUUACAACUUACUGAAGUUCGCAGAUAUACUUCAGUUUCUCUCUGUUUUCACCAUUCCCCGGUUCGAGUUACUCUGUGAGAUUCACAGGAUAAGGCCUUACACAGAUGGGAAGAGUGUGUAUAAAGCACCUUGAAGGUGCACCCAAUCAUUGGACUAUUAGUUUCACAUAAUCCACUCAGUCUUUGGGGAGGGGGGGGAGAAUAAUAAUUUUUUGACUCUUGCCUCUCAUCCAAAUAUUGGUUCAAAGAACCUUUGUGAGCAAUCAUUAUAAUUUUUGUGACACCAAAAGUUUGAGACGACACCAUCAAAAUGAGUGCAGAAGGAUAUCAGUACAGAGCACUGUAUAACUAUAAGAAAGAGAGGGAGGAGGAUAUUGACCUGCAUGUAGGGGACAUUCUUACAGUCAAUAAAGGUGCACUAGUUUCAGUUGGUUACACUGAGGGGAUGGAGGAGAGACCAGAUGAAAUCGGAUGGCUGCCUGGCUUUAAUGAAAGCACUCAGGAAAAGGGGGACUUUCCUGGUACGUACGUGGAGUUCAUCGGCAAGAAAAAGAUUUCACCACCAACUCCCAAACCAAGGCCCCCAAGGCCUCUACCGGUGGCCCCUGGGUCCGCAAUGCCAGACUCGGACUCUGAGCAAAGCUCGAGCACUCUGUUAGACCUGACGGAGCAGUUCACUCCUCCAGAGGUAGCUCCGCCUGUGCUGCUCAAGCUCCUUGAGGCCAUCGAGAGGAAAGGUCUAGACAACCCUACGCUCUACAGAAACUUCACUGCUGGUGGAGGGCUGGAUGUCAGACAGUGCUUUGAUAGUGACCCUGCCUCGGUGGAUCUUGAUCAGAUGGACCUUCAGAUGUUGUGUGAUGGUCUGAGGAGGUAUCUUCAAGAUCUACCUCAGCCUGUCGUUCCCUCUGUGGUCUACAGUGAGAUGAUACGCAUCGCUCAAGAAGUGCAGGGUACAGACGAAUGUGCACAUCAUCUGUGGCUGGUGGCCAGCUCCUCUGCACUUCCUCCGCAGUAUUGGCUAACCCUGCAGAGCUUGCUGCGCCACUUCUCCCGUGUAUGCCAGGCCUCAGCGGCCAACCUGCUUAGUGCUCGUGCCCUCGCUGAGAUCUUCAGCCCGACACUCUUCAGACAACAGCCCACCAGCUGUGAGCCCAGCCCAGAGGCACACAUUAGGAUAAUUGAAGUCCUGGUGACCAGCGAAUGGAGUGACAUUCAGGCGGCUCCAGCACUACCUCCCAAGCCACCCAAACCAACGUCUGUCACUAACAACGGUAUGAACAACAACAUGGCUCUGCAAGAUGCUGAAUGGUACUGGGGGGAUAUCUCCAGGGAGGAGGUCAACGAAAAGCUUAGGGACACUGCAGAUGGUACAUUUUUGGUCCGAGAUGCCUCCACUAAAAUGCAUGGGGAUUACACACUGACACUGAGGAAAGGAGGUAACAACAAGCUGAUCAAAAUCUUCCAUCGUGAUGGAAAAUACGGCUUUUCCGACCCCCUGACCUUCAGCUCUGUGGUUGAGUUGAUCAACCACUAUCGGCACGAGUCUCUCGCCCAGUACAACCCCAAACUAGAUGUGAAACUACUGUAUCCUGUGUCCAAGCACCAACAGGAUCAGGUGGUAAAGGAGGACAACGUUGAAGCUGUUGGGAAGAAGUUGCACGAAUACCACCAGCAGUACCAAGAAAAGAACCGAGAGUACGACCGACUCUAUGAGGAAUACACUAGAACAUCACAGGAAAUACAAAUGAAAAGGACUGCCAUUGAAGCUUUUAAUGAGACCAUAAAGAUCUUUGAAGAGCAGUGCCAGACGCAAGAACGGUACAGCAAAGAAUAUAUUGAGAAGUUUAGGAGAGAAGGCAAUGAGAAGGAAAUCCAAAGGAUUAUGGUCAACUAUGAGAAGUUAAAGUCCCGCAUCAGUGAAAUUGUGGACAGCAAACGGCGUCUCGAAGAAGAUCUGAAGAAGCAGGCGGCAGACUACAGAGAGAUUGACAAGCGGAUGAACAGCAUUAAGCCUGACCUCAUCCAGCUCAGAAAGACCAGGGAUCAGUACCUCAUGUGGUUGACACAGAAAGGGGUCCGACAGAAGAAACUCAAUGAAUGGUUGGGAAUCAAAAACGACAACCAGGACGAUCAAUACUCAAUGGUGGAUGAUGAUGAGGAUUUGCCACACCAUGACGAACGUUCCUGGAAGCUCGGUAACAUUAACCGCAACCAGGCAGAGGCCCUUCUGCGGGGCAAGAGAGAUGGAACAUUCCUGGUCAGGGACAGCAGCAAAGCUGGAUGUUAUGCGUGUAGUGUUGUUCUGGAUGGUGAGGUCAAGCACUGCGUCAUCAACAAGACACCCACAGGAUAUGGCUUCGCUGAGCCCUACAACCUUUACAGCUCUCUGAAAGAACUGGUCUUGCACUACCAGCAUACAUCCCUGGUUCAGCACAAUGACUCUUUGAAUGUCACGUUAGCAUACCCAGUCUACACACACCAGAGGCGGUGAGGACUCGUGAACACACCCUUGGGACUCGUCACAAACACGGGAGUUGAGAAAGGGCCUCCCCUUGAAUGGAGACGCCUCCAGUUAGGCUGCUACCGAGGGCUGCUUUUUGCCUUGAAACGACCAUGUCGGAAAGACAAGAAAGCAAAUCCCAACACGAACAUUUCAGCCACUGAGACGUUUGCCAGUCUGAAUGUAGUUUUCUUUAUUGGGUGGAAACUGCACUCUCCCAAAAUGGAGGAAUUCGGGGGCCUUUUCCAAAUGGUGCUUGUUCAUUUCAAAGCUUUACCCGCUGCUGGAAUGUGGAACAUUGAU